AGUGUGUAAGGAGGCGCUUCCGGCGGGGACUCCGUCGCCAUGGGGACCGAGGGAAAGGCUUGAGGCCUAGGCGGAGAAACCGUCAAGAAGCGGAAAAAAAGAAGUUUGGGGUGAUUUUUUUUCUUUCCCCCCGCCUGCACGUUGAAGGUCUCCGGCCGAGGAAAAAACCGAGGAGAAGGUGUCUCUAGGGAGUCCUCCCCGUAUGGCAGUUCGUUUAGUGACCGUUCAACGGCACUGAAAGAAAGGGACUUAAGGAUCGUUUUUUUCGCACUUGCGCCCCGUGGUCACGUCGUGAUCAAGAUUCAGCCGCUUGGCAAGUGAUCCGUAGUUAUGACGGCCGCAGGGGCCUAGAGUCACGUGAUCUCCCCUUUUUUUGCCCAGUAAAAUUAAUGGGGAAAGCCAGAUUCGCUUAACAACCGUGUGCAGAGGCAGUGACUUCCACUGAAGUCUCAUUUUGCGCCUCCUCGCUGGAUUUGUUUACCGAUUCGGAGGGGCUCGUACAUUUUAUUGCCGCCAAUUAUACACACCGAUAUCUUUGUCCAGCAAGAUGACCCAGGCUGAAAUCAAGCUUUGCUCUCUCCUGCUCUGUGAACAUUUUGGAGAAAUUGUGGAAAAGGUUGGAAUGCAGCUCAUCCGUAUGGGCGGACAGAUGUUAUGGAUGAUUUCCCAAAACACAGGCAUGUCGCUUGACCAGGUCCGGAAAGGGCUUUGUGUGCUCAUCCAACACAACCUGGUGACAUUCCAGCAGCAGAAGCGAGGCCUGGUAGAGUAUGAAGCCCAGUGCAGCCGAAUGGUGCGGAUCCUUCGCUACCCCCGUUACAUCUACACGGCUAAAACUCUCUAUAGCGACACAGGGGAACUGAUUGUGGAGGAGUUGCUGCUCAAUGGCAGAAUGACCAUGAGUGCCCUAGUGAAGAAGGUGGCUGACCGAUUGACUGAGACAAUGGAAGAUGGGAAAACAAUGGAUUACAGCGAAGUCUCUGCCACCUUUACGUGCCUGGCAGAUACGCAUUUUGUUCAGAGAUGCCCUUCGCCGCCCGAAGCUUCCGAAUCUACCGAAACACAGCCGUCUCCCAUGCCGAUGUUGGCCUUUAAUGAGAAGGAGAUGUAUGCUGUUCCAAAGCUGAACCUGAUAGGGAAGGGAAAGCGGAAGCAUUCAGACAACGCCAAGGAGGAGGAUGAAAGAGGGGGAAAGCGAUUCAAACAAGACACAGGAAGCGAAGAGCCUUCUGCAGACAGUGGGAUCUUCUGGCAAGUCAACAUCGACCGGUUCCAUCAGCACUUCCGGGAUCAAGCAAUCGUCAGCGCUGUGGCCAACAGGAUGGACCAGACCAGUAGCGAAAUUGUCCGGACAAUGUUGCGAAUGAGUGAAGUCACAACCUCUUCAAAUGCCCCCUACACUCAGCCGCUCUCUUCCAAUGAGAUAUUCCGAUUACUUCCGACCGGUUACAACAUCUCCAAGCAGAUUCUUGAUCAGUACCUAACCUUAUUAGCAGAUGACCCGCUGGAGUUCGUUGGGAAAUCGGGCGACAGCGGUGGAGGGAUGUAUGUGAUCAAUCUUCAUAAGGGCCUCACCUCUCUAGCCACUGCAACCCUGGAAUCCAUUGUGCAAGAAAGAUUUGGGUCCCGCUGUGCCCGCAUCUUCCGCCUCUUAUUAAGAAAGAGGCACCUGGAACAGAAGCAGAUCGAGGACUUCGCCAUGAUCCCGGCCAAAGAAGCCAAAGAAAUGAUGUACAAAAUGUUGUCGGCCAAUAUCGUCGCUCUGCAGGAAAUCCCCAAAACUCCAGAUCACGCCCCUUCCCGGACUUUCUACUUGUACACCGUUAAUACUCUCUCGUCUGCUCGUCUGCUGCUCCAGCGUUGCUACAAGUGUGUGGCCAACCUGAUAGAACGGCGACUCCACGAGACCAAGGAGAACAGGCGUCUGCUGGAGAAGAGCCAACGGGUGGAAGCCAUCCUCGCCUCGGUCCAGGCCACGGGGGCUGAGCAGGCGCAGCUGCAGGAGAUCGAGGAAAUGAUCACGGCACCCGAACGGCAGCAGCUGGAGACCCUCAAGCACAACGUCAACAAGCUCGACGCCAGUGAAAAUCAAGUGGACGAAACCAUUUUUAUUUUGGAAUCCUACAUCAACAGCACCAUCAGGCACUGAGCCCUCGGCUGGAGCUCGGGAAAUCCCGUCUUCUCAUUUUUAAAGUCUCAUUGGUUUUGUUUUCAUAUAAAUAUAUAUAUUUAAAGUCCGGCUUUCGUGUGGUGGUCAUUUUUGAUGAAGGAAAUGUGUGAAUUGAGAGGAUCAAGGUCGUCCUUGGCUGACGCCGGAUUGUUUUAACGCCUGAUCAAAGUUACAGGGGCCUUGGAGAAAGUACAGGUAUCCCCUGCGCUCGCACUAAAUAACGUUUGCACUACCCCUGGGGUGACAUGCUCACAAUUUGGAUGCUUGGCAACGGCUCAUGUUUACAAUUGCAGUCCAACUCCCUCCACGAGCAGGAAAGUCUAUACCAUGUUUGUGUGUG